AUGGUCCAGGUCCUCCUGGGGCUUAUAGGCCAGAAGUGGCUGAGAGACCAGUGGAAGGAUGAAAAGGAUACAAUGUCAUAUGAGUUAAUCAGGGGAGAACAGGGCAGUGUGGAGGGACAACAUAAGCCCCCAAUGGUCAUUGGUGGACAGCUUCCUCCUGGCUCCUGCUUCUGGGUGGCUGAGUCUGCAAAGAAGGUGGUGGGCACAGUGGGAGCUUUGCACGUUGACAAUCCUACCUUGCAGGAGAAGUGGCUGAAGCUGUUGCGCCUGGUUGUGGCCUCUGAGCACCGUAAUCAGGGCAUAGCAAAAGCCCUGGUCAGGACUGUGCUCCAGUUUGCCCGUGACCAGGGCUACAGUGCAGUUGUCCUGGACACCACCAACAUCCAGCAGUCUGCCAUGGCCCUCUACCAGGGCAUGGGCUUCAAGAAGGUGGGCCAGUCCUUUUCCAGUAUGAGUGCGAGGCUAGUGGAUCUUCAUGAAAUUUAUUUCAUCUGCCACCUGCCUUCUGCUUAGGCAGAUCUCUUUCCUUUUAUGUUAGCCAGGACGCAAUCUUCAGUGCUGUAGUAAUAAGCAAGCACUGACCUUUCAGUACUGACACAAUAAAAGCUCAUUGGUCAUUCGCAUCCAAGUCCCACGUGUCUGGAGGUGAGGUGGCAUAUGGGGUAAUGGUUCAUUCACUCUUUUUGGGUCACCACUGUUUUGUUUUCUAGUGUCAUGAUAGUGUUGCAUAGGAAAAUACCAGAAGACAAUGAUAAACAUUGCUUUAACUAGUAAUGUUAAAGUUUAUUUUAAUAGUAACAUUGCUUUAACAUUGCUUUAACGUGAGCCUAUGGACCAGCAAUAUGGGUUGGGCUUGGCUGGGCAGCUCCUCUGGUCUCAGAUGGCUGAGCAAACCCUAUGGUAACCCCAUG